AUGACUCGCCUUUUCUCACUCUCGACUACUAUCAUACUUUUCUUUGUCCUCGCUUUGAGUGUUCGUGGCGAAAACAACCUGCUCUCUCGACUAGACGAAAUCCCACAAUGCGGAAUUCCAUGCUUCUCGACCGUUCCUGGCAACACCUCUUGUAACGUUUUGGAUACUGCUUGCCUCUGUAAUGACAUCGAGUUCCAGAGGUUAGCACAGCAGUGCGUUAUGGAGAAUUGCGGGAUGAAGGACACCAUUGCAAUACAAAAGUUCGGGACCUCUCUAUGCAACAUACCACCACGUUCCCGCAAACACGAGCUUCUCAUUCCCUUGGUUAUCCAGAUACCGGCAUGGCUAUGUAUUUGGGCGCGAUUGUACUCAAGCUGGCGAACAACAGGUCGAUGGAAGCCAGAUGACUGGCUCAUUUUAGUGGUUGGAUUUAUCUUCACUAGCUUCGUCGCUAUGGACCAAUAUGUUGGGCAAGUGUGGUAUGGGGUUGAUAUCUGGACUCUGGAUGAGAAUCAGAUUACACAAGCAUUCAAGCUGUUUUACGCUGGCGAGAGCAUAUAUAUUCUAUCCCUGGGCCUCAGCAAAAUCUCCGUUCUCUGGGUCUAUCUUCGAAACUUCCCAAACCAGCUGUUCCGAUACGCCGUCUUUGCGUCUAUGACCUUGGUAGCACUACCCACGGCGGGGCUCGUGUUUCUGCAUUUGUUUCAAUGCAAUCCUGUACAUCUUGUAUGGGAUGGCUGGCGUACGACGGGGGCUCAGGACUUUUGUGUCGAUAAGCAGCUGAUCGCCUAUAUCGCUGCUGGCUUCAGCAUCUUCCAGGACGUGAUCAUUCUACUCUUGCCCUUGCCUAUGGUGCUGAAGCUGCGGAUGCAUAUCAACGAUAAAUGGGGGAUCCUUUGCAUGUUCAGCUUGGGCGUUUUCAUCACGGCCACUUCCGUCAUCCGCCUGCUGUAUCUCAUCACCUUCGGCCGAUCACGAAACCCUACCUGGGACUACGUCGAUGCGAUUAUUUGGACUGGCAUCGAGGUAUCUGUCGUCGUCAUGGUAGCCUGUCUUCCCGCCGUUGGUGUUCUUUUGCGGCACUGGAUUCCCUCGUUGGCAGUUAAUGCAUCCAAUGGGUACAGACGGAAUGAGCCAGUCUCUGCUUCUCAUAUGCGGAAGAGGAACUCGACCAGACGAUCCGAGAAAAGGAAAUCAAGCAGACGCCUGACAUGGGAAAGUCUGGGGCUGGACUUGGGCGACCGAUCAUUUGGACGGGUGAUGACCAAAGUCUCCAGACACCCCCCUUCCUUCCACCCCUUCAACGAUAGCUAUUUCGAUGGACCUGAUCAGGGAAUUAGUAUAAGGGCGGUGACCAAAGUGACGACGUCGGUCGAAGUGGUCAAAUAG